AUGGCAGCGCGGCCACCCAAACGCGCAAGGCAAAACUCGCAACGAGGCGAAAAAUCCAACAAGCAGGAGAUACAAAAGUUCACCUCGUCCAAUGACAUUCAGAUCGCGCUCAAGAAUGCAACGCCCGACUCCCUACCCGUCAUUCUGUCUGCUCUUCGGAGCACGUUCGCGGUGCAGAACGAAGAGAUCAUAGCUCCCACAGACACCCGGGCGCUGCUAGCACACUCGUGGGCGGAAUCCUCGCCAGGUCUGCCGGUGCUCUUCGACGUAUGGGAUAGGUCACAUCCACAUGCGCACGGAUCGCUUGCGCCGCUGCUCUUCCUUCUUGCAUCGCUGCUCGCAAUCCUCUCUCCACAUCCUUCGGGAGUAACACUCCUCAAGACCAUUCUCACAACGUCGGCACAGCAGCACCAAUAUGCGGAGAGACUGGCUGGGUAUUUGGGGAGCUCGGCUAACGACGUCGUGAUGGGUUCGCUCAAGCUAUGGCUAGCCAUGAGCGAGUUUGGCGGUGGGCGGGAGAGGAAGAGGGUUUGGGAGGUGUUUCCAUGGGAGAUGAAGUCCCUUCCAAAGCUCCUAUAUAUGCGCCGUCGAUCUUAUUCCAAAGUCAAAACUAAAGCAAACGACGCUGACGCUCUCGCUCGACCCGACAUACGCACCCUCUACGUCCUCUUCCUCCUCUCUUUCGUGUCCUCGUCUUCCACACGAGUCGUGUUCCUCGGUGCCCAGCGCUUUCACCUCGCUAGCAUAUUCAAGGGACUCCCUACCGAUCCGUUACCGCUCGUUGUGCGGGUCUGUGAGAGGCUGUGGACUGGGUUAUGCUGCGAUGCGCGCAUAGGAGCUGGCGCGAGGGUCGGUGUAUUUGGAGUAAAGGAGAUCGGGGAGAUCCUCAAACUGUACGAACGAACGGACCCAGAACCAGGUUUCGCAGCCACCCCCGACGACGACACCGAUUCUAGCGCUACGGAGACUGUACCCGCUGACGUCGCGCAUCACUUCCUUCUCGCGCUUUGUACACGCCCUGGAAUUGGAAUUUGCUUCCGCGACCGCGGGUGGUACCCACGCGUUGCCGAGGAGGAUGCCCUCGAGGUGCAAGGUGGUGCCGAGGCUGAUGCAAAUGGCGAAGGCCGUCAAGGCCGUUAUAUGGGAGGCGGAGAUGGUGCAAAAAGUGGCGGCAGUGGGGGGAAGAUAUACAACAAAGUUCUGGCCCAGGUUCUGCGAACGCUGCGUGUCAACGAGGAUGCACGACAGCAGGAACUCGCGCUGAGGAUACUGAGUGCAUGUCCGGAGCUCGUCGCUGGGUACUGGUCUGCCGCAUCCCUAACCCUCGACCCUCGCCUCUCCUCACGGUGGCUGGCGAACGUUGCGUACGCAGGGAGCGUCAUCUCUCUCCCCGUUCCCUUCGCGUCCUUCGUCCUCCGUGGCUCGGCCGCUCCCUCGUUGUCCAAGGCUCAGCUAUCGGCGUCUGCGGACGCUGAUGAACCGCUGUACAACCCUGUCCCGCCCCCACACCCAAAUAUCCUCGGCAACAUCUUCCCCUCGGUCGGAUCGUCGUCGUCUAUCUCAAUAGCUGGUGGCGGUGGCGGAGGCGCUGAAGUUACCAAAGGCCUCUUCACUCGGGGCGUGCAGCAUACGUCUCCGCUCGUGCGACACGCGAGCGCUCUGCUCCUUGUGCGGUGUUUGAUGAAGUACGAGGCUGUGCGCAACGCUUUCGGACGCGUCGUCGAGGGCGGCGAUUCCGCAGCCGGCAGCAAAGGGAGCGGCGGCGGCGGCAGUAUCGAGGUCCUUCCCGAGGACAUCGCGGGCCUGCGCCGGAUGCGCGAAGGCAGGGAAGGCGGAGCGGGGGGAGGGGCUGAGAACGGCGGGGGCAUGUGGGCUGCGAGGAGAGCGGAGCUUGCGAGGGAGGUGAGGCGGCGGGUCCCGGAUUUCCAGGUUAUCGUCGCUUUUGCGCAGGUCAGCGCGUCGACGGUUUCUUCGUCCGGUGCGACGGUGUCCGAGGCAGCCGAUGCGGACUCGGGCCUAAAAAAGGACGCCAAUGUGGCGGUUCAAGCGCCCAACGAGGUUCAACAGGCGCUCUUGUCGGAGGUGGCGCUGCGGCUGGUGUGGCUGUAUCAUCGGUGCGUGCCGGAUGCGGUGGCGGAGGUGCGGUUCGAUGUCGGGAAGCUGCUCCUCGGUGGUGGAUUUUUGCCUGCCUCUGUGUCCUCGAGCGGGCCGGACGCGGACGUUGAGAUGUCAGAGGAAGAUCCAAAACAGGGUGGUGGGACGGCUGUAGCACUUCAGCGCGUAAAGCAGCUUCAUAUUCUGCGUCUGCUGAAGGAGAGCGAGCAGUUUGUGUGGAGUGCGAAGAUCGCUAACUCCUCGCACACGCCCUUAUUUGUCCUCUUGACGGCCUUCACGCACGCCCCUCCCGCUUCCGCACUUCGCAUGGCGCUCCACGCGCUCCUUGUGCACCUCCUGGGGACCAGCAUCCUCUUCCAAAACGCGCCGGGAACCGUAGACGUAUGGCUCGCCGCCCUCCCGAGCUCCGGGAACGGGAACGACGAAGAGCACCGAAAAGCGACGGUUGAGUUCCUCGACGAGUGCGUGCAGCGCGGGAUGCGUACGCCGUACCGGUACUACGAGGCGCUCGACGGGUUCGGUCUUGCCAGCGCUGGCACUGGUCGGCCAGAAAGCGAAGAUGACGUCGAGAUGUCCGACGGCCCUCGCGAGGGCGGAGCCGAGGCGCAGACUCGGGCGGCGGUGGCGGUGUCUCCGCUGUUGGCUGUCGUGGAGGAGCAGAUACGCACGAAGCUCGCUGGGCGGCAUAUUUUGGCUGCUUCUGCGCCUGCGGUGGUGAGGUUUGCGCGGAGGGUGGUGGUUGGGCUGCGCGGGACGACGCAGGAUGUGCAUGUGCUGGGUGCUGUGGGUGAGGCGCUUGGUGCUGCUGUGGUUGUUGCGCCUGAGGAGGUGUAUGGGGGCGUGGUGGAGAGGUUGCGCGAUGAGUGUGCGGGGAUGAAGAUGGGGUUGGCGUGGCCGGAAGGCGAGGCGGGCGAGGCGGGGGGUGGAGAUGAGGACGGGUCUUUUGAGUCGCUUCUCUACGGCACUCCUCCCUCCGCGCUCACGAAUCCCACACGCCGUCGCAUUCUCGUUGCAGCGCUGUUGGGCUCGGAGACAACAUUCACGCCGCGACGCGUCACUCUCGAGCGCGCACUGUGCGUACUGUGCCAGGCUAUAGAGGCUAGCCGCACCUUGUCCAAUCUCAGGCGUGAUUUGCUAUUACUUGUGGGCGAUAUAUGUCGUGCCGCGAGCGAAAGCAGCGUAGCGAGUGCGAAGGACCUCAAAGACCUGAGACGAUGGUUGUUUGAGGAGAAUAGAGUGUUUAAGGGUCUGUGCACGGAGGAGGGGAUGGCGGGCGAGGUCUCUGAAGCCCUCGCGAAAGUGGUACAGACGAUGCUGGAUCCUGCCCAGUUGCAUGACAGGAAGCUUACUGCUGCGUUUAGCGCGUAUUGGGCCGAGGUGUGCAAGCGUACAGUGGAGGAUGGCGGACUUCCCGAAAUUACGCCUCUCAUGCUCUGGCUCCCAUUCGCUGACCCCGCCAUCCUGUUCGACCUCCUCGAGCACUUCACGACGUCCCCCUCUUCUUCUCGCGUUUCCCUCCCAACAUCGGUCCUCGAAGUCAUCCUUCAUGCACUCCGUACUGCCCUUCACACGGAUGCCACCCUGGGACGCCGAUGCUCACAGCUGUUCAACCUACGUGAAUUGGUCCCAAGCGGGGGAGAAGCGGGCGAGGCCCUCGAAGAGCUCAUCGCGAGCGCUGUGGCUCUGCAGCUCCCUCCUUCCUGUGACGGUUUCGCGCCGCGCUUCAACGGAUUCGGUCGGAAUCUGCUUGACGCUGGCGGUAUGCGGACGGACACAGCAAGCAUACUCCCAGAAAACGUCUUCUCGCAGUUUCUCACUCAGGACCGGUGGACGAAACACACGGCGCAGAUCGUCGCUGCUCUCAUAUAUGCGCGCAGGACGUGCGUGGACGACUUCGCUGCGUGGCUCGGGGUUCCGGGUACCGACAAAGCGGUGGCGCAGAUAGAGACGGCGUGUCUUGCAAAGGCGAUGCACGCCUUCCUUGACUGUGUGGAUAUUACGGGUCGCCGCGACCUUGUCGACUCGCUCUUGGAAGGACACGCAGACGUACUGGGGAGUGUGUUCGAGCGGCUGCUUCCGGAUCCGAAGAAAGGGAAACGCGCAUUUGCUGAAGAGGAAGAGGAGGUAACGAGGAAGAGUAGCACUGCAUGUGUUGCCCUGUUUUUGAAACUCUCCUCUGGACCUCUAAGGGAGACUAUGGCGAAGAAGCUUCUCGCGCGGAUGAAGAAGACGUCGUUUGAGAAGUGCACGACCGAGUUUGUCGAAAUUGGGGUGGCGCUUUGCUCUGCAGGUGGAACUGUGAGAGCGGAGGGAGAGAGUCUGAGCGGGGUGAUAGAGGGCGUCGUCGAUAGGGGUUUAGGCUGGGCAGUGCGAUGGUUACCUGAGAAGGAUGCUAACGAGGGAGAGAGGACACUUGGAAGACUUGAUUGGUUGAUUAGACAUUCGGGUGUGCAGCUGAAGGCACAUCUCGUCGAGCCUGUGCUCGUGGCUGCGAUUCAAUCGUGUUUGGGCGAUGCUGGUGUGGUGCGAUUCUGCACGACGCUUGUUCGCCGUGUUUCGCUCAAGCCUGUCAUCGUCAACCGCCUCAUACAAUCCACCUUGCAACAUCCUUCUCUCCUAAAGACUGCUCCUUUUACAAAUCCACAUACCGCUUUAUCCCGCUUCCUUCUCGCCCUCUUCCGCACGCACCCAACAAACACUUGCCAGCCGUCGCAUGUCCAGCCACUCAUUCGGAUCUACGGUGGUACAACCUCGCCAGGCGACCAAGCCCUACUCACCAUUUUCCGGUUGUUUGAACGCACAAAGGGCAUGACAACGGCAUCGGUGCUCGGUCGCUGGUCUGGCGCCGCCGGUGCUGAGGGAAGGGCAGGUACCGAGAGCGGAGGGGAGCUGGAAGCUGUGCUGAGCCUGGAGCCAAUCAGAGCGCUGAGGACGUGUUUGGCGUUCCCUGCGUGGCGUGCUUUCUCAGCCGACGAGGAGGAGUAUGAAGCGAAGGGCGACGAGGAAGAUAUGCACGGUGGAGAGCCGGAUGUAUACGACCCUGUGUUCGUCGUGGCGCUCUUUGCCCGCAUGCUUGCCUCGCAUCCACCUAGUACAGGCAUGGGCUGGGUGGAGGUCUUCCGGACGAAUGCUGUCAGCAUUCUGGUGAAGUGUUUGUCGGCUAAGGACGCGGGGCUGAGAAGUGCAGCGCUGUCAGGAAUUGUCGGGGUGUGGAAGCUAUUGCAGGACGACUUUCAAAUGCUCGAGAAGGCACACGUGCUCUACACACUCAAUAUCCUCAAGGACACUCUUCCAAGCACCGAAAAUGACGAUGUACCCUUCCUUCCAUCACACACCACCCUCCUCCUUGCACAGGCCCUCCGCGGCAUCUUCUACCCCUCGAACUUCAUCUACCCCUUUACUGCGCGCUUCCUCUUGCAACGCCCCACCCUCGACACAUCUGACGUACCACUGCUCUAUGCGAUGCUCUAUAGCGGCACCGACGCCUGGAAAAAAGAACGUCUCUGGAUCGUGCGUUUCCUCGCUGACGGGAUGGCGCGCAGUGCGGACUGGCAUGUUCUGAAGCGGAGACACACGUGGGGAUUGCUCGCGAGCGUGUACCAGGGCGAGACGCGGGAUGCAGGGCUCAGGAGCGGAGUGAUAGAUGUGCUUGUGAAUCUGACAGCGUGCGCGACGGCGUGUACGGCGCUUGUGGUCAGGGAGGGGGUGCUGGGAUGGGUCGAAAUGAUGUUGAUGGAGCAGCAGGGUGGCGAGCGACACGGGAGGAUGGUGACGCCUGCAGACGUGUGGUUGAAGGUGUUGGAGAAUGUCUUGGUGGUCGUGGAUGCAGGGACAUUGGAUCGGGCUACGGGCGGGGCUUGGAGAGGUAACGUGAGGAGAUGUUUGGAAGCUAUCCUACGGAGAGGGCUGUCUCUGGGGACUCUGCGACACGCAGUCCGCGUCAUUCUCCGUCUAAAUCUUCUUCCUGCUCACCAUGCUUCAUCGUGUGAGCAUAACACGGAGCUCCUGCGCACUGCAUUGCGGAAGGUCGUGGCGUUCGAACAGGAAAUUCUGGCCGUUGCCAGCACCUCUUCGCCUUUGGAAUGCACCCAUGGUCGCCACUGGGACCUCGCGCUGCCUCCACAUCGCUCCCACGAUGUCUCUCCUUCCGAGGCACAGAAUGGAGACGAGACGCAGUGCCCUGCAAGGAGGCUGAGCCUUUGGGGUGCCUCGGUAGAAGAACUGUGGCGGUGCAUCAGCGAGACAGCGUCAGCUGGGUCUGCAUCUUCAAGCUCAGAGUCACAUGUCUGGCAAGCGCUCACCGGGCGGCUGCUGGUGUGGCGGGCGAUUUUGGGGAGCGAACAGUGCGCUGUGGGAGAAUGGGCGAGGAGGGAGACUGUGAAGGGCUUGCAUGUCGAGGGCGAAGCGGAUCGAAAAGCAGGGCGGUAACAAAAAGGAUCGUACUAUGCGUCUUGACAUUUACUCCCCGAAAUCUCAAGGAACAUUAAUUUGUUUUUGCUAUAUUUUCAGAAGGCUAAAUGGCAUUAGCGACAAGCGAUAAGUUGUGUCUAGAGGACCAAGGCCGGUUCUUGACGGCUUUCAUCAACAUCCUCUGGACCUAAUAUGUGCAUGCUUUCGAUCCCCAUUUUCAUUUUCUUCGUCCACAUUAUAGGUUCUGAGGUAGCUCAUAAGGCCUCCAACAUAACCCCAGGAAAAGAAUUGGGACGUUUCCGAUCCUGUAACAUGCAAAAUGCAAGUGCUUGAUGAUCGACACCACCGUGACAUGUACCACAGUUGCAGAUCUCAACCAGUAUACUACCGAAUUCUCC